CCUCUUCCCAUCCUCUCCCGGGAGGAUGAGGAGGCCUGGGGGCUGUGGCUGGUUUGCGGUUGCCGAGUGACAAGUCGGAGCCGGGACAGAUAUCACAAUGGCAGAAGCUGCUUCUCCACUGAAGCACUUUGUGCUGGCUAAGAGGGCAAUUACUGCAAUCUUCGACCAAUUACUGGAGUUUGUUACUGAAGGAUCCUAUUUUGUUGAAGCAACAUACAGGAAUCCAGAACUUGAUCAAGUAGCUACUGAGGAUGAUCUGAUAGAAAUACAGGGUUAUAGAAACAAGCUUUCCAUCAUUGGUGAGGUGCUGUCUCGGAGACAUAUGAAAGUGGCAUUUUUUGGCAGGACAAGCAGUGGGAAGAGCUCUGUUAUCAAUGCAAUGUUAUGGGAUAAAGUCCUCCCUAGUGGGAUUGGCCAUACAACCAAUUGCUUCCUGAGUGUUGAAGGAACUGAUGGAGAUAAAGCCUAUCUUAUGACAGAAGGAUCAGAUGAAAAAAAGAGUGUGAAGACAGUUAAUCAGCUGGCUCAUGCCCUUCAUAUGGACAAAGACUUGAAAGCUGGCUGUCUUGUACAUGUAUUUUGGCCAAAGGCAAAAUGUGCCCUCUUGAGAGAUGACCUGGUUUUAGUGGACAGUCCCGGUACAGAUGUCACUACAGAGCUGGAUAGCUGGAUUGAUAAGUUUUGCUUAGAUGCUGAUGUCUUCGUUUUGGUAGCAAACUCUGAAUCAACACUAAUGAACACGGAAAAGCAAUUUUUUCACAAGGUAAAUGAACGACUUUCCAAGCCUAAUAUUUUCAUUUUGAAUAAUCGUUGGGAUGCCUCUGCAUCAGAGCCAGAGUAUAUGGAAGACGUACGCAGACAGCACAUGGAAAGAUGUCUGCAUUUCUUGGUGGAGGAGCUUAAAGUUGUGGAUCCUUUAGAGGCACAGAAUCGUAUUUUCUUUGUUUCUGCAAAGGAAGUUCUUAGUGCUAGAAAGCACAAAGCACAGGGAAUGCCAGAAGGUGGUGGGGCACUUGCUGAAGGAUUUCAGGCGAGAUUACAGGAGUUUCAGAAUUUUGAACAAAUCUUCGAGGAGUGUAUCUCGCAGUCAGCAGUGAAAACAAAGUUUGAACAGCACACUAUCAGAGCUAAACAGAUACUAGAUACUGUGAAAAACAUAAUGGAUUCAGUAAACGUGGCAGCAGCAGAGAAAAGGGUUUAUUCAAUGGAAGAGAGGGAAGAUCAAAUUGAUAGACUGGACUUUAUCCGAAACCAGAUGAAUCUUUUAACACUGGAUGUUAAGAAAAAAAUCAGGGCAGUUACAGAAGAGGUGGCAAACAAGGUUUCCAGUGCAAUGACAGAUGAAAUUUGUCGACUCUCCGUUUUAGUUGAUGAAUUUUGUUCUGAGUUUCAUCCUACUCCAAGUGUAUUGAAAGUAUAUAAAAAUGAGUUAAAUAAGCACAUAGAAGAUGGUAUGGGAAGAAAUUUGGCGGAUCGGUGUACCAAUGAAGUCAAUGCUUCAAUGCUUCAGUCCCAGCAAGAAAUAAUUGAAAAUUUGAAGCCGUUACUUCCAACUGGUAUACAAAAUAAACUACAUACACUGAUUCCUUGCAAGAAAUUUGAUCUCAGCUAUGACCUAAAUUGCCACAAGUUAUGUUCAGAUUUUCAAGAGGAUAUUGUAUUUCGUUUUUCCCUGGGCUGGUCUUCCCUUGUCCAUCGUUUCUUGGGCCCAGUGAAUGCUCAGAGGGUGUUGCUAGGAUUAUCAGAACCCAUCUUCCAGCUUCCCAGAUCUUUAGCCUCUACUCCCACUGCUCCAACCAAUCCAGCAACUCCAGACAGUGCAUCACAGGAAGAACUCAUGGUCACCUUAAUAACAGGAUUAGCUUCUCUCACAUCUAGAACUUCUAUGGGCAUCAUAGUUGUUGGAGGAGUGAUCUGGAAAACUGUAGGGUGGAAACUCAUAUCUGUUUCAUUAAGUAUGUAUGGAGCUUUGUAUCUUUAUGAGAGGCUGACCUGGACCACACGUGCCAAGGAGAGAGCCUUUAAACAGCAGUUUGUGAACUAUGCAACGGAAAAACUGCAGAUGAUUGUUAGCUUCACCAGUGCGAACUGUAGCCAUCAAGUACAACAGGAAAUGGCAACCACUUUUGCUCGCCUGUGCCAACAAGUUGAUAUUACACAAAAACAUCUGGAAGAAGAAAUUGCUAGAUUAUCCAAAGAAAUAGAUCAGUUGGAGAAAAUACAAAACAAUUCAAAGUUCUUAAGAAAUAAAGCCGUUCAACUUGAAAAUGAACUGGAGAAUUUUACUAAGCAGUUUCUACAUUCAAGCAAUGAAGAAGAAUCUUAACAGUAGAGAUUGCUUUGGUGAUCAUCAUAGGAGAAAAUGGAACUUGGAAGAUUGGGACAGUUGUUUAUGAAAUGACUUUAAAUAUGAAUUAUACUAACUGUACCUAAAUAGCAAAUCCUUGUGUAGAUUCUGGUAAUUAUCUAUCUCAGGGUGUUUGCAUUUCUGAAGAGUGUUGUGAUGUUUUUUAAAUUUUAAUUUUGGGUUAAGAAAGGCUAAAUUGUGCUAAAAAUGAUGAAUUAGUUAAAAGCAACAGAACCAACUAUGUGACCCCUGAGGGGUGGGGCCUUGUUCUUAAUUAGGGCUCUCUCUGUUUUUGAUUCUGAAAAACUCUGCUUCCUGGCAUCCAGGAGUUAGAGAAUGCUCCUUUCAUCUUUUCUCAGAACUAAUUUUUGAUGCCCACCUUAAUGGGAAUAGUCAUUUGUUUUUGUUGUUUUAUAAACUGUAUUGCUCUAUCAAGGAGGAGUGUGGAAUGUUCUCAAGUGUAUUGUUGAUGCAAGUUACAAUCACUUUUGCCAUUCUGGCAGGUAUGUAAACCACUAAUACACUGUUUUUACUCCCUCUUUUUUCCCAUUAAAACUGAUGUAAAAUAGUAUAAAGGUUUGUUAUUAUAAAGUCUCUUUAAAAAGUAUAUUGGUCUGAAUAAAUUGUUGCCUGAUCUGUUUCUAAAGAAAUAGUUUCUGCUUCAGCUAUGAUUAUGGCAAGAAAACCUUUCUAUCUCAGUUUUAGGAAUAAAGUUUGAAGUGAUAAAAAUAGCCCAAGAUAUGGGAGCUCUGAAUUUUCGGUGGUUAUGGUCAUGUACAAAUGCUAUUCUUCAGAAGGUUUUUGCUGGGAAUACUGCUGGACUGUCCCCCCAGGUGGCUUUUACUUUUAUUUAAUUGUAUGAAUUUGCCAGGACACUGUUUAUAUUCUAACUUAAUGAAAUGUUCAUGAGUUCAA